AUGAUGAAUCUCCUUCGUCUUCAGUCUGAACUCCAAGAUCUUGAACAACAGCUCGAAGAUACAAGAGAUGAAGACAGAAACUCUACAAAUCCCAUACGACGGGAAUAUGGAUCCAGUUUCCGGGUGAUGAAGCAAUACACAGAAGAUCCAGACUCAAUUCAGUACGAGCUUCUGCUCGAAAUUGGGAAGAGGCUAGACGAAUACCAUCAGGCAGUUCAGCAUGCUUCUUCUUUACAAAAGUUGCCUCGGCCAUCUGACGACGAGUGGGAGUUUCUUGCAACAUGGCUGCGCAAGCCGAAAGGGGGAAAUGGGUUUCUUGACAUGACAGGCAUAGAAGCAAUGACUUGGAAUCGGGCCAAUCAAGACGAUACCUUCAAUAUUGGGGGGCCAGCAGUCGGGACGGACAGGUUCACUAAAUUCAUGAACGGCAAAGUUGUCAACCUGUAUCACAGAGUGAUCGGACAACAUAGCACGGUUGGCAUCCAUUUUACACAAACCUUCCCGUCGUGUAGUCUCCGAAGCAUCCAAACUAACAUCCAUACCGGGAAGUCCAGUGGAAAACUUAGGCCGGACGAUACGCGUGCUUACAACGAGGAAAAGAUCUCACGCUUUAGUGACAUCAUUCUUGCAACUCUGUCCGCUGCACUGCCAACUCUUGCAAUCCUGGCCUUGUACUUCGUACAGGACAUGUUGCAUAGAAUAGGACUUGUCAUUGUCCUUACCAUGAUUUUCUCAGUCCUGUUUGCACUACUUACUGGGGCAAAGAAGGCUGAGAUCUUCGCGGCAACGGCUGCCUUUGCGGCUGUGGAGGUGGUCUACAUUGGCAGCGUGGCUUCUAACGACCCGGUCUGUGUAUGCUCAUCAUCUUAG